GAGGCCAUCCCCUGUGUCGCCUGCCAUCACCUCUGAGGGACGAGGGCGUACUGCUGACGAGGGUCGAGGGCGUGCUGCUGGUCACAGCUGGGUCAAGGGCGUGCUGCCGGCUAGUGUUAUGCUGCUAUUCACCAUGUACUAUAUAUGUGUGUGAUGGCGGCUUCUGACGACAACACGAGACUUUGUGUAAAACUUCACCUGGACUCAUUCCUUAGUGCGUCUUGUCCUGUUGGUCCACUUCACCGCUACUUUAAGAGCGCGACGAUGGAAUGAAGGCAGCACUGGGAGCCGCAGCAGCUGUAACAGGAGCAGGUGCUCUUGUUUAUAUUCUAUUAAAUUCAAGAAAACGGCAGCGUGAUCCAGGGAAACGAGAUGACUUGAGCAUAAGCUCUGAAGAAAAUGUUGCCACUUGUUCAGAAAUUAAAUCUCGGCUUGCUAUGGAAGGCAGCAAUGGUGACUCAAAAGAAUGUGAAGAUAUACAUGAUACAAACAGCCAAUAUGAAAAUUUUAAUGGGCAUCUGCCAAGAAGUGGCAGAAAUUCUGAUAUUAAUUUGGAUCAUGUAGCUGGCAGUACAAAUGAAAAUAAUGUCAGCGAGAUUAAAAAUACUUCGAUACCCCUUGAAACACGAGAAUGCAGUACAAGUCUAAAUAACUUCGACAGUGUGAUUACAAGUGACUUGGUGGAUAAGUCUAAAAGGCUGGACAAUAUGACAUCUGAAAAUAACUUGCAGCAAGCCAAUACAGUUAAUGACCAAAUUGAGAGUGAGAAAGAUGGGAUUAGGAAAGUGUUAACCACGUCGGGGAAAUCUAGUGAUGGUAUUAUGCCUGACAGUGGUUUGACUUCAUCUUGUAUUGCAGCUGGUCUAAAUGACACUGAGAGCAAUGUCUUGUGUCCUAACAUAAAGGAUGGAAUUAUCAAUAAGUGUACUUUAAAAGAACAAAGUGCUAAUCAAGAAUGGGUUGAAGUGCAUAAAAUGGCAGGGUUAGAAAGUCAUGUGAUGACAGAAGAGAGCUGUUCCUCACCACUCAGGCCUAAGUUUCUGGGCGAAGCGAUAUCUUUGCCUGCAUAUCCAGCAAGUGAAGAUAUUUCCUCUGUUGUUCUGUGUGCUGCAGAGGAGGAGAAUGCAAGAGAAUCAAAUUUUCCCCAAAUAAUUUCAGAAAAUUCUCUUGAAUUCACCUCGACUGGAGUUAAAGAUGCUGAUUUGCCACAAGAUCACACUACUCCAUCUAUAUCCGAUCAAGAAAAUGGAUUUGUAGUCCAGAAGGUGAAUUUGAUUACACAUCGGGAAGAACACCCAGUUAUUUUGGCCCAUUUUGACAAAGAAGACUCUCCUAUUUCAUCUAAUUUGACCAAGAAAGAAAUGUCAACUCUCUCAUCUGAUGUCAUUGUCAAAGAUCAGUCUACUCUUGCAUAUAGCUUGGAUCAUGAAAAACUGAUCUCAUUGAAGCAAGGUGAUCCAUGUAGCGAGUUACUCGGCCCAAGUGUUGAAGAAGCAUCCCUGUCAUCUAGUUUGAGUCGGGAAGAGCAAACUACCCUCUCCUGUAGCUUGAACCAGGAAGAUGACUUUGGUAUUUCAUCCAGCACUGCCUUGGGAGAACAAGCUGCACUUUCAUCCAGCUUGGUCCAGGAAGAAGAAUCCGCACCUUCAUCCAGCUUGGUCCAGGAGGAAGAAUCUACACCUUCAUCCAGCUUGGUCCAAGAAGAAGAAUCCGCACCAUCAUCCAGCUUGGUCCAGGAAGAAGAAUCCGCACCUUCAUCCAGCUUGGUCCAGGAGGAAGAAUCUACACCUUCAUCCAGCUUGGUCCAAGAAGAAGAAUCCGCACCAUCAUCCAGCUUGGUCCAGGAAGAAGAAUCCGCACCUUCAUCCAGCUUGGUCCAGGAAGAAAAAUCCGCACCUUCAUCCAGCUUGGUCCAGGAAGAAGAAUCCGCACCUUCAUCCAGCUUGGUCCAGGAAGAAGAAUCCGCACCUUCAUCCAGCUUGGUCCAGGAAGAAGAAUCCGCACCUUCAUCCAGCUUGGUCCAGGAAGAAGAAUCCGCACCUUCAUCCAGCUUGGUCCAGGAAGAAGAAUCCGCACCUUCAUCCAGCUUGGUCCAGGAAGAAGAAUCCGCACCUUCAUCCAGCUUGGUCCAGGAAGAAGAAUCUGCACCUUCAUCCAGCUUGGUCCAGGAAGAAGAAUCCGCACCUUCAUCCAGCUUGGUCCAGGAAGAAGAAUCCGCACCUUCAUCCAGCUUGGCCCAGGAAGAAGAAUCCGCACCUUCAUCCAGCUUGGCCCAGGAAGAAGAAUCCGCACCUUCAUCCAGCUUGGCCCAGGAAGAAGAAUCCGCACCUUCAUCCAGCUUGGCCCAGGAAGAAGAAUCCGCACCUUCAUCCAGCUUGGCCCAGGAAGAAGAAUCCGCACCUUCAUCCAGCUUGGCCCAGGAAGAAGAAUCCGCACCUUCAUCCAGCUUGUCCCAGGAAGAAGAAUCCGCACCUUCAUCCAGCUUGGCCCAGGAAGAAGAAUCCGCACCUUCAUCCAGCUUGGCCCAGGAAGAAGAAUCCGCACCUUCAUCCAGCUUGGCCCAGGAAGAAGAAUCCGCACCUUCAUCCAGCUUGGCCCAGGAAGAAGAAUCCGCACCUUCAUCCAGCUUGGCCCAGGAAGAAGAAUCCGCACCUUCAUCCAGCUUGGCCCAGGAAGAAGAAUCCGCACCUUCAUCCAGCUUGGCCCAGGAAGAAGAAUCCGCACCUUCAUCCAGCUUGGCCCAGGAAGAAGAAUCCGCACCUUCAUCCAGCUUGGUCCAGGAAGAAGAAUCCGCACCUUCAUCCAGCUUGGUCCAGGAAGAAGAAUCCGCACCUUCAUCCAGCUUGGCCCAGGAAGAAGAAUCCGCACCUUCAUCCAGCUUGGUCCAGGAAGAAGAAUCCGCACCGUCAUCCAGCUUGGUCCAGGAAGAAGAAUCCGCACCGUCAUCCAGCUUGGUCCAGGAAGAAGAAUCCGCACCUUCAUCCAGCUUGGUCCAGGAAGGUGGGUUUUCUGCAAUCUGCUCAGUCCCGGAAUUAAGAUGCACUUCUUCAUGCAGUUCAACCAAGGAAGAGGAAUUUGUAUCUUUACAUGGCUUGGUUCAAGAAGACACACUGCCUUCACCAGGCAUGACCCAGGCAAAAUCUAUGGCUUCAGCUGGCAUGGACCAGGCAGAAUCUGUGCCUUUGUCUUGUUCAGCCCAGGCGGAAUCUGUGCCUUCGUCUUGUUCAGCCCAGGCGGAAUCUGUGCCUUCGUCUUGUUCAGCCCAGGCAGAAUCUGUGCCUUCAUCUGGCACAGCCCAGGCAGAAUCUGUGCCUUCAUCUGGCACAGCCCAGGCAGAAUCUGUGCCUUCAUCUGGCACAGCCCAGGCAGAAUCUGUGCCUUCAUCUGGCACAGCCCAGGCAGAAUCUGUGCCUUCAUCUGGCACAGCCCAGGCAGAAUCUGUGCCUUCAUCUGGCACAGCCCAGGUGGAAUCUGUGUCUUCGUCUUGCAUGGUCCAGGAAGGAUACUCUCUCUUAUCCAACUUGGUGAUGGAGGAAUCCACUAUUGCAUCUGGUUUGGAUGUGGAAAAAGGAUCUGCGUCAACGUGCAGUCUUCACAUGUCUGAAGAAUCUACAUGUCCACCUGGCUUGGUGGUGGAAGAAGCAUCUGUUCAUUCAUCUAGCUUGGUCAAGGAGGAACAGUGUGCAAUUUCAGGCAAUUUGGAUGAUCUAGAAUCUAAAGUAUUGCCCAAUUCUUUGCAAAAAUGUAAGUUGGACAGAACACAGCUGGAAAAAAGAGCUACCAUUACUAGGAAAAAAACUGAAAACCAUUGUGAAAAGCUAGUGGACAUGGAAAAUUUAGAUAGUAAUGAGGUUUUGACACAGAAUAGGGAAAAUACAAAUGCAAUUGAAUCAUCAAAGUGUUUGCUUAAAGAGAUUGUAACCAUUGAAAAGUGUCCUUCAGAGCAUGAACAAAAAAUCUGCAAGCAGAAAGUAGCAGACAAAAGACAACAUAUUAAUGCAGCAACUAACAAGCUGGAAAAUAGCACUAGUACAGAGAAGUCGAGUGAAAGUAGUAACCUGAAUUGUAGAGGAAGUGGAGCAGCUGGAACUAGUACGUUGAGAGAAAGUAGUAAGUCUGCGACGAAAACGGGAGUGAGUGAUAGAUGUCCCAACAUAGAAGAGCACUUACAGAAUAACAGUGUGGAUUCAACCUCAUCAGCUCCCAUUCUGGAGCAGGAGAAUCUCGGCUCUGGCUCCUCGAGUUUGGAGCCUCGUAACCAUAUCGAGCUCGAGCAACACAUAUUUUUUAACCAUCCGGCAUAUCCAUUCAAUAAUCCUGAAGCUUCAUACAAGUUUUAUGAGUUUGAGAUUCCUCAGGCAUUGGUGGGACGUUUGAUUGGCCGGAAAGGUGCCUUCGUAAAUAGAAUCAAAGCCAUUACGAAUUGCAACGUCAUUGUGUAUCCGCACAAAAAUAAAGGGCUUAAAAUAUGUUCUAUAGAAGGUACAAAGUAUUCAGUGAUGAGGGCAAAAGAUAUGAUUCGCGAAUACUUUCCCCUAGAGCGAUACUCUGAGGUUACACUGGAAGAGGUGCACCAACUACGACCAACUUUAUCAAGACUCCAAGAAGAUCUCGUUCUCAAGGAUUUGCACGUAAGAUUGCAUUUGGAUCUGCCUGCUGGUGUUUGGGUAGACAUUCGUGUGGCUACAGUAGUGAGUGCCGGCGAGCUGUGGGUACAGCAACCGCUGCAUCCCUCCUUCGCACAUAUGGAGCGCCUUCAGGUGUGCAUGAACAACAACUAUGGCGAUGGAUCGAAUACUCCACCUCUUCCCAGUCCUCUCGCCGAUGGCACUGUGUGUGUGGUACAAAUUACGGGACAGUGGAUGAGAUGCCAAGUGUUGAGUACAGCGGAGAAUGUGUCUCAAAUUUUGCUGCUUGAUAUAGGAGACACAACAUUCGUGGAGACGUCAUUGCUGAGACAGAUCCGCCUCGACUACCUGAUGCUUCCCUUCCAGGCAACUCAGUGCUUCCUGUCUGGGGUACAGCCAGUAAGAGGUGAUGUUUGGGAUGAUACCGCGACGACAGCGAUGAAGGAACUUGUGAGUAAUGACUAUCUCUCUGCGGAAGUGGUUGCUUGGACUGCAGAGGAUGUUCCUCUAGUCAAUCUUAAUCGGCGAGAGCGAAAUCAGUUUGUGCAGCUGAAUGAGAGGCUCGUUCAGUUGGGGCAUGCACGGGGGGCGCCUCGACAGCCUUUAGGUUGAUCUGCUAUCCAAGUACAGUAUAUACUGCAUCGGCUUUCAUCGGCUACCAGUCCAUUGGAUUACCGAGUUGUCUGCACCAGUUCCAUCAACCCAUUUAUAUCAAAUAAAUAAAUAAAUAAAUAUAUAUAAUAAUAUAUAUAUAUAUAUAUAUAUAUAUAUAUAUAUAUAUAUAUAUAUAUAUAUAUAUAUAUAUAUAUAUAUAUAUAUAAUAAAAUAAUAAUAAUAAACUUGCAUAAUAUACAUACAUAUGGAACAAGUAGUCUUUAUUGGUGAUCUUGAAUGACAUGUGAGUUUCCUAAUAAUUUUCUCAGUUUACUUUUGAGAUUGCUUUCUUAGUGUGACAGUUGUAGAAGUUGUCACUCUUAUUGAAUGCCUUACUGAGAAUGGGAAUGAGAUUAAGAAAAAGAAGUGAGCAGAUGUGUUUUGGGUUCAACAUAUGAUCUCAUAAAGUAGGUUAAUAUUUGUUGGCCACAAGUAUGUCGUCGGUGUUCACAGGUACAUAAAGGUGGCAACUAAAAUGAAGGCAACUGUACUUCAGUUAAGACCGGAGGAAAAAUAGGUCUUUCAGUGCUAUAGAAAACCCGGCUGUGAUGUUUCAUUUGCCUACAGGCCUUGGUGAGUCGUGUGAAUGUUUUCGUGAUUUAUUGCCUAUACGCAGGCACGAAGUUUGGUAUGAAUGAUGAAUAAACUACUGUACUUGGAUUAGUGUUCUAAAUGGCAAGUGUAAAGGAUUUUAUUUCUUGUUUUUAAAGACGGAAAAACAUUUUAAUGGAAGUGAUAAAUGGAAUCAGUAUUCAAGAGGUAUGCUUUGAUUAAUUCACAUUGCAUAUUUGCAUCCCAAGAUAUUUAUUACAAAAGUAGAAAGUGGAGAAUUAAAUGUAUAUUGCAUGAUAUUGCUGUAAAGCAAUAUUAUUUGUAUGUUAGUAACAUAAUUACUUCAUGGCAGUCAGGCUUUAAAUGUCGUAGAGUGGAAUUAUUGACUUGAUAAGUGUGUCCAGAAUUUUGAAAUUUUUGGGUAUAAUAUUACUGUAAUGCAAUAACAAUAACUUGUCAAAAUUAUUAGAAGACUGUGGUAUAGACUCCAGUAAACCUUUCAUUACCAGGAAUAUUAAUAGUCCCAUUAGAAGUGGUAUAUUAUUGCUGAUGGUGCAGUUUGUAAUUCUUUACUGAAAAUUUAGAUGUACCGUGAAGCACAUUUGCUGGGGAUGAGAAUUUUGGCUUUAUAUUCUAGCAAAAGCUGUAGCUUUGUCAUGAGAAGCUGUUGCUAGUCUUGGCUCACCAUUGUGGCAGUGAUACGCCCUCUUCACAUUGUACUCAGGAUAGGAUUUCUCAAGAAGUGCACAAUGCACUCCCUUCGUUUUGUGUCCCCCGGAUCAUACUAAGAAGUUUUAGUUCACUUUGCCCUCUUUUAAGAUUAUAUUACUGAUACCAAUUCUUUGAAGUUACCUUCAGUAUUUUGACAUUUUUAAAAUAUUUUAAAAUUGUCAAAUGUUAGAAUACUUUUUCUUAACUUGGACUAGGGUUCAAAUGUUUUAUACAAAUAAAUAUGUAUAACAAGUUUUAAAAGUUUCUUAAGUUUUUAUUUGAUGAUUCUGUGGUAUAUGUUUAUUGCAUCUUUAAAUCUAAAUUACAGUAAUUGAGUCGAGUCUGGCAGAUGUAAUAUACAUAAUGGUGUCCCUGUUUAAAUGCCAUGAUUCACAUGAACAUUGAUGAGAUUGCCAUCACAUGGAAAAUGGGAUGGGACUAUGUAAGAUCACCAUAUAGUCUCUUCCCAUGUUGGUAGUUUUCUAUGGUAUCCCUGUAAAUUAUCGAAAUGGAAAGAACCGAUGUAGACCUGUGGAAACUUUAAGCCUUUUGCCUUUAUGAAGACUGCAUUGGUUUUAUUGAUAAUAAAGUCCAGUAUAAAUUUUUUUUUUCUUAUCUGACUAAUUAGACUGAUCAAAUUGCAGUGCUUAUUUUUUACUCUUAUUGGUUUCAUGAAUGAUAUCUAGGAACUCUUGAAUGUUCCAUAAGUCAGUGCUAUAUAACACUACCGACGAUCUUUUUUGAUAAAUACAUUUUUGAGAUGUCUCCUUGUUUUUGGUGUGAUAAUUGUGGCUAAGUCGAUGAAAUUGCUCAUAAAUACUUAUUAACCGUUGAACUUUACAGCUAUUUUAAAAGUACUACAUUGAGGGGCUCCUGACUAAAAAUAGUUAUCAAAUGGGAAAGAUUGGCAUAGUGUAAUUGGAAUUGGCAGUGUAAGAGGCACGCAAAAAAAGUUAAAAUAAAUUCAAUACAUCCUUUGACAAAUUCUUUUUAAUAUACUAAGAGCUCAUAUUAGUCUUUACAAGAAACACAAUAUAACACUUUUUUUUAAAUUCAUUGAUUAGAGUGCAAUAGUACCUUUUUAUAAAUUUUUUUAAUCAAACUCGGCCCUUGUAAUGAAUGUUAUUGUGAUUUUACAAAUGUGUCGCCAGUAUGUAAUGUGCACUGGUUUUAAUCAUUGAUGCAACACAUUCAAAAUGCAGCUAUUCAAAGAGUUAUGAUUUAGUCCCAAGGGGUUCCAUCAUUUCCAUGAGGUGUAUCAUCAUCCUUUUGUUGGCAAUGUUUGUAGGAUUGUGUGUGGAUGGGCUGCAGACAUUCUUUCACAAGACCUUGGAUUCGUCAACAAUUUGAAUAGUGAUUGCGAUAUUAGUCUGAGGAAGCAUUUUACGUUUGUGUAGUUAAUGUGCUUCAGAAAUAAAGAACCUUCAUGGUUUAUUUUAAUGUACUCCAUUUAACAGCAUAACUAAAGUAUAUUUUUAAGUCUUGGUAAUUGAUGGCAAACGCCUUAAUUUGAUUGGGAAGUUGGCUGAAGUUUGGCUAAAAUUUACUUGAACCCAUUUCCAAAUUUUGCUUCUCAACUGUACAAUAAACGUGGUAGUUUACUGAUAACGGCAAGAUAUAUUUUGGCUUCAUGUAUGUGUUGACUUUUAAUACAUUAAUUAUAUUUUAUGACAGAAAACAAAUAAAAACCUGUUUAAGUCUCCAGUCAUAGAUCAUUCUUAUCCAGUAUUUGCUUUAGCAAAUGACAUAAUUGUGUAAUUGCAAAUUUUCUCUACAUCAUAAAGGUAAUUGUGGCAAAGCAAUUUCUACCAAAGUUUAGUGGCAUGUAAAAGUGCAACUUAAGUGUCAUUUAAAAGUUUUCAUGUUGUAAGCAGUGCCUUUAUUAAUCUCUUAAUUGCAUACAAUGUACCUGUCAGUUACUGAAUCAAUUCUCUUGAGUCAGAUUUGAGCAGAAGCUAGUUCUCUAAAACAUGGAUGUUUGUGCAAAACUAUCUGUGUUAGUUUGUACUUGAAGUGAAGUGUAACAGUGCAAGGAAUACUGACUGUGUAAUAAAAUGGCCAGUUGCACCUCACCGACCACAAAAAGUUCGAAUCACCGUGUAAAGUCGCCUUUUUGACACAUUUCCAGGUUUUGGUACAAUACUACAAACAGUUCAUGGGGUCUAUUUCCACACUAGUUUUGCCAUCAGGUGGGUGAUGGGGUUUUUCAGUUAUGCCUAAAAUGUUUAGGUCUAAGCAUGCAGCUUUAUAGGAAAGUCCUAUUUAGAACCCCAAUGACUUUCAACUUCCUGGAAGCUCUUAUCAGGAAGUGGCCACACAAUAUCCUUGUAAUUGCAACGGGUUGUUAUUCAACCCGUUGCAACCUGAUAAUUUAAAUGGUAAAAUGAAGGUAAAUGAUGCUCACAGCCUCUUAGCUUAUUGUAGACUAAGACAGAUAUGGUAUAUGUUUGAAAUUUAUAUAUAAAAUCUGUCAUUAUACUUAAGAGGAGGAGAGAGAGAACUGAAAGAAAUGCCCAGCUCUGAUGCUCAUUCUCUUAAUGUGUAAGUGUGUUUGUACUCGCCUAGUUGUGCUUUUGGGGGUUGAGCCUUGGCUCUUUGGUCCCGCCUCUCAACUGUCAAUCAAAUGGUGUACAGAUUCUGGAGCCUAUUGGGCUCUAUCAAAUAUACAUUUGAGUCUGUGAAUGGAGUUUGCCUCCACCAUAGACUUUGUGUGCAUGUGCACAUAGUGGAAUAUAAUAGUCAAAAGGACUAGAACCUUAAGUGCUUGAAAGAUUAGAGCUUGGGUCUAGAGAUACUCGGUGUGAAUCUCUUAUAUAUCCUAGAUUUCAAUGUAUGUUUAGGGUUCAGGUACAGCAUGAUUGUAAUCUUCCUUUACAUGAAUCGGCGAGGCCUUCAUGGCUCAUAUUUUAACUUCAUGAAUGAGUGACAGAUUGUGUAUUUUAAUUCUUUCGUAAAUUUGUUUGUUCUUGUGUAAUCUCUUGUGUAUCUAAUUGCAUACGAACCACCCAUUUUGCAUGUCCACCACACAAUAAACAAUGUCAAGAGGUAGGCCCCCAAAGCUGAAGUUCAACUUCACAUCUUGCCAAGUAUGUGCGCGUGCGCACACCACUUCCCUCCCCCUACACACAUGCACUGUGUGUGUGUGUGUGUGUCAUUUUUAUCUUCUGCUAUCUCCCCACCAACCACUUGAACUUAACGAUAGAACGAUGGUCUCCCUCCCUCCCUUGCAGGUCUGUGUUCAAUCCCUUACCAUCCAAGUGGUGGUUGAGCACCAUUCCGUCUCUCCGUCUUAUCCCAGAGCCUUGAGCUCGUAUCCCUUUCAAGUGCUGUAUAGUCAUCAUGGCUUAGUGCCAUGAUAAUUACCUACUGAUAAUUAUGUACCUACCUACCUCUCCCUCCCUCUGUUUUUGUUUUUUUUCUUUGACUAGGGUUCAUUAGGGCUGUUAAUUGAAGUACUAUACCUAGUGAAACUGCAAGCAAGAGCUGUUAUCCUACCUCGGCUCAUUUGAAGCCUGCCCCCUAUAUAUUUUUUUAUGAAUGAUUUUUAUUUAAAUCUAAGUAAGUCAUACAAGGACCAGGAUGAGCUAGUAGCCAAAUUUGUGCCAGAGCCUUCUUGUGACCAGUUCACAUGAUCUCACAUGUAUCGACCUGUCGAGUGGAAAAUGUCAAGUGGGUGUCAGCCUAGAAAUGGAGACCACCUCAUGCCAGUCGUGCUCCACAUUAUACAGAAUUGCACAGCCAAUUCGUAACACUAGUGAUGUACUCAAAUUAACCACAAUAAUAUAAAAGUUCAUUGGCAUUAGUAAUGAAUUAAUGGAAGUUAGAGUAAGUUUAUCGAGAUAAAAUACAUCCCAAAGGAUUCGAGUAACUUGUGCUAUUUCUACCCCUCCUGUAAAAGUUAUGUGGUGGAGGCAGACUAUAUUUAGAUUCUAAAAUGAGCAUGACAGAACUCCUAAAUAUUUGAGAAAUAGUUAACCAAUUCGUUAAAGAUUAAGGGAGAUUAGAUCCAAGAGCUAAAUCUCAAUCCUCAAAGCACAGCUAGAAGAAAGUACAUUCAAAUAAAUGCUCUGGAAUUUUAUUGUUAAUGCAUAGUACAGUACAGCAUUUGUCUUCUGCCUCUAUUGUUUAUUGUCAUCUGUGCUCAGCAUUUUUUCAUAAUUUUUCUUGUCCCACCGAUUUAUAAUGCCCUUAAUGGAAAAAAAUUAAUACUGCCGUACAUAUAAUCGGUUUUUGGAACCAUGACUAGUAUUUACAUGUAAUGGGUAUCCAUGAAUAUUAUGUAUAAUUAUUUUUUUAAAUUUAAUACUGAACAAAAAUAAUUGUCAUAUGACCAGCAAUUUUUCCUCUGGUAUAAAUCCUAUUAAACUGUUUACAUGGACAUUCUUUGAUAAUAAAUAUUGCCAUUUUUGGCUCUGAUAGCAAAUUUUUUUGAUAAAUCCCAAACUACUUCACCGCAUUUUGUUUCACCACUUAAAUUGAAAUGGGGGCAAGCUUCCCAGUAGGCAAACUGCUAAAAGUAACGCUUAAUCAACUUCUUAAUGUUGCUUCAGAGUUUUUAACAAUUCGUAGUUUCAUUGCCAUUUUCUAAAUUUGGCCCAAGGUGUGUUCCAUUUAGUUAGUUCCGGUUAUUGUAAUAACAUUUAGACCAGUGCUUGAUCUCUUGUCCAAGUCCUUUUAAAUAAAAUAACCUUCGUUACAAAUUUUUGAUUGCUGUGAACAGAUUUCCUAACAAGUUGGUUGAAUUAAUCAGAUUGUGCUGUAGAUUUUAUAUAUGGCAGUAGAGUAACUAAAGCCUUUUAUAUGUGGUGUAAGUAACCCAAGCUAUACAGGCGGAAAGAAAUGAAAGUGACUGUUUUGGCUCGUCUGGGAUCCUUAUCGUGGUAUAACAAUAAUCAAACUUCUUCACCUACCAGGAGGUAAUAUUAGUACUAAGAAAGAACUAAACACUUUAUAUUUCUAUGAAUGUCAGCCAUGGCUGUAUGUGGUUGAGAGGUAGUAACAUAUUGCACUGUUUGACUUGGUACUUAGUUAAAAUCUUAGCUGAGCUUUGUAUUUUAUGUAAUUAUGAAUUGCAACAUUGUAUAUAAAAUUGCAUGAUAUAUUUUUGCAUAAAUAUGUACAAAUUGUAAUGGAAACUGGUAGCAUGUUGAGACUUACCAUUGGUGUACAGUGUAAAUACACUAUUGAUUUGUGUGCAGUUGAUUAAUGUGGAUAUUCUUCCAUUUCAUUAAAUACACAAUAUUCUUGCUAGAAAAUAUAAUUUUACUGCCAGAUCAUGUUCACAAAGAUUUCUCUCUUGUGAAGAGUAAAAUGUAUAGAUUUUAUUCAUGUACUUUUGAGGCUGAAGUGCACUCCAGGCACCAAAAUUUGUGCUUCUUAAUUAAUAAAUCAUAAUUUUCAUAAUACAGAGCAAAUGUUUUGAGAUGAUGGGUCUUGAUUGUAUGAAUUUCCACCUGUGUGUAUGGGCAGCAAGCCUUAUCCACAAGCAUGUGGCUUCACGUUUGAUUUUGAUUAGAAAUUUAUUCUUUUAUAUAAUUUGGGUGGAUGGUUGGAUUAUAUACAUAUGCUGGACAAACUAACUUUUCACAGUGCUAGAAUGCAUCCCAAAUUAUUUGAAAACUUACAUAUUCAUGUGGUUGGAUGCCAAGUAUAGUUUUUCUUCUUCAAUAGUGCUUAGGUGUUGAAAUAUAUUAUUUAAUUUUAGCACUACUGUUACUACCAUGAUGAUAUAGAGUAGAAUAUAUUUAAUAGAUAGUCUGGGGUACUGGACAGUCAUAGGCUGGUCGUGGUCGAUCUUAUUAAAGACUGGGUUGGGUCCAGUAGUAACCCUCCCCAUAUGUAAUCGGUGAAAGGUGGCUGGCUGAGACACGAGUUCUUCACUCAAAAGAACUCUCAGCUUCAAAAAACUUUAGAAGAUGAAUUCAAUACAAUAUUACAUUUUCUGAGACAGGGAAGGAGAAGGUAGAAGCAGUAUGAGAGGGGAAAUAUUGGCAGGAGAGGGGAAAAAAGACACCAGUGCACCUUAUCUUGAGGUUAUCUUGAGAUGAUUUCGGGGCUUUUUAGUGUCUCCGCGGCCCGGUCCUCGACCAGGCCUCCACCCUCAGGAAGCAGCUCGUGACAGCUGACUAACACCCAGGUACCUAUUUUACUGCUAGGUAACGGGCAUAGGGUGAAAGAAACUGCCCAAUGUUUCUCGCCGGUGCCUGGGAUCGAACCCAGGAACACAGGAUCACAAGUCCAGCGUGCUGUCCGACCGGCUCACCUGGGUAUCCUUCUGUCCUUCCUCAGUAAUAAUAUACAGUACAUAAAUUGUGACUUCUAGGAGGAACCUCGGUGGCUCCCGAGCUUCUCAAGACCCAUCCGUUAUCAACCGUGAGUCAGGAUCAGAAUUGGGCUCACACUUUGAGGAGAGCAGAUUAGUAAUCAUUGGUACUAGGGAAAACCCACCACAAAGCAUAGACACAACAAAAUGAGCAAAUGAUUGGAGGAAAUUUGGCACUCCUUGGUGAAAAGGCAAAUUUUUAUUUCUACACGGUAAAUGCCAAAAGUGUGAUAUGUAUGACAACCACCAGAUAGCAACCUAGGUCACCUAAGGUUUCAGCCAGCCUGCUACUCACUACUCUACCUGGGUUCAGCACCUGUAGUCUCUGCUGACUCAACUACAGAAAACAUGAUUUUUGCCUUAACCUUUUUCCCAGCGCUCAUUUUCAGCUAGGUGAUGUUGAUUUUUCCUGGAACACAUUUCGGUCGUUGCUUUAACUAUUUUCCUUUAUGCUUUGAUUGUGCUAAUGCAAUUUUCAUUAUGUGCCAUGACACUCCAUUUCAGUGCAACCAUGGUCAGAGUUGCUUUUCCUGGGAAUGGCUUGCAUUUCCCUAUGCCCCACUAGAGAUACUCUGAAGGGGUUGCAGGUUUCCUCCACUAUGAAGUAACACUUCUAGAAUCACCUCAUUUCUUGGCAGGGCAUGAGACUUAUUCUUCCUUACAAGGCCUUUGAUGGGGAGAGGCUAUUUUUGGACUGUGUACUUUACCUGUUAAAUAAGUUUUCAACCGUGCUGACACUGCUCUCGUGGGUGUUUUGGACUUAAAACUUGGAUUGCAUAUGUUUCUCGUAAUCUGUGACUGCUUGUGCCCUCCCUCACUGAGUAGUCUUAAGUCAGGGGUUCAUUGUCUGCUUCACUAAUGACACACUUCCUCUGCCUGACAUGUCUGAAUGACAGUCUUGGUAGUUGGUGUACCGCCCCCCCCCCCCCCUUUUCUCCCCCUUUCCCACUUUUUUUUUUUUUUUCAUUGCAUAGCAGAUGUUCCUCAUCAUUAAGGCUUUCCCCAUCUGAUUCUGUUACAACCACUCUCAUUUGCAAUAUUCCAGUAUGUGCAUCAGCGUUCCUUCAUAAGAUGGUUGUCAAGUACAGUAUUGUAUAUGGUUAUCAGCUUGUUCUAAAUUAUUAUUAAUUAUAAUAAUUUUUAGAAAUUCUCAUGAGACCUUAAACUGCCCAUUAUGCGAGUGCAUGUGCACACAUUCUUGAUCAUAUAUACACAUUUUGGAGUGUACAUCUAGGGGUAUACAUUUAGUCAAGAUAAACUAAUAUGGUUGUUUAUCCACUGAACUGUUACCCAGUCAGUACCCAUUUACUGAAGAGAGCUGAAAUUGAGCUUAAAGCAUAGUGGUAACAGGAAUGGAAAAUUCACUUAUGUGCAGAAAAAUAUAGUUCAAGCAAAGUGUGUUUGUAUAAUGUAACAGACUAUAAGGCAUAGUAACUGAGUGUCUUGUAACAAAGUUAAGACAGUUAUUUAAUAAUACAAAGAGUAAGGUCAGAAUGAUGUGCAUUGCAUUGGUUAGAUUGUGUUGAUAUGUUAAAUGUUGUCACAUUUGAUCUGAUGGUGGUGGUAUUUUGUGUGUAAAGAUCACUUACACAUUUCUUAGAUUCAAAACAUAGGUUUUUGUAAUGAGGUUAUGGAUUAUAGAUUUCUCUAGGAUAUUUGUGAAUGUGGGAGGUCUUAUAAGCUUUUAGUAAAUUAUUUUGCUAUCCUCUGUAUAUUAUUGAGGCCUUAAAGCUAAUUUUAGAUAUUUUUUGUACCUUGAAAAUUUAUUGCAGAUUAAAGCGUUUCAAAUGGUGUUCAUGUAAUGUUUCAAUUGUUUUCUGUGUUUUUAUAGAUGUUAUUUUUGCAUAGAUUAAACAUUUGUGUUAUAGUGGGUUUGCAAAGCUUUUUCAGUUUAAUUUUUAUCCUUCAGAAUACAUCCCCAGCAUUAUUUAUACUGUACAAGGUUUACACUUUUUUUUCAAGUUUUAUUUUAGGGUAGAAAGAAUGUGAAAUACUUUUUUGACAAUGUAACUAUAAUACACUUUGCUAGAUAAUAUACAGUACUGCAUGUGUACAUGUAGUAUUUUCAUUACACGCGCUUAAAAUCAAAACAAUUAUGUAUUGGUAAAUAUUAUGAAAAUACAAUUUAAAUGCUUUUCUUUAAUUGUAAUCAAAUUUUUGUUACCGUUUUCCCUUCAGUUGUGUUGACUGCAUCUUACAUAUGGUGAAUACUCUUGGUGACUCAGGUGGCUAAUGCCAGAUUUUAACAACCAGGUACUUUCUGUACAAUUAUUUUCUGAACUUCCAGCCAUUUAGAGUGUUUAGGACUAAACUAUAAUAUAUGUUUGCUAAAUUUAGUCAGCUGUAAUCUUAGAACUUAAGCAUGCAUAUACCCUGAACCACUUAUGUGAAAUAGUUACAUCCUGUAAAGAAAUUUACAAUUCAAUAACACUAACAGUAGCAAAAACUCAGCAUUAGCAGCUUAUUGGUUAAUGCAGAUCCUUAGAUCUUUUAUGAAUUUUUGUGGUGGUAUAAGAAUGUUUGGAACGCGCACACAGACUUGGAUUGUUUCGAAGUACUGUAUAUUGCUUUUAGUUUAUUGCUGUCAGUUAAUCCCAGGAUAUGGUUAGUUUGAAAACUUUAGUGAGCGGCUUCACCUUAAACCUUGUCAGACAUACUGAUGUUCAACUAAGGCUUCCUCAUAAAAUGUACAAACGAAGAUGAGCUGUCGUGGUCCAAUAUAAGAAUAUGAGAGCAAUGAGAUAGCUUAUGAUUAGAAGAGUAAACCAAGUUUUUGCUGUAUUAGCUUAUUGUUUUAAAUAUAUGUGAAGGUUAAUAAUAAAUAUUUUGCCACAGAGUCCAUGGCAUUAGGUGUAUCGCUUCUCCCCAAAAUGGAUUAUAAUAUUCACGAACUAAAUUCAGCUUAUGUGUAAUGCUGUACUGGAGAUUGACUUUAAAACUAUUGACUUUUCUCACUUGACUAAAAGGUAAUUUGUAUUGAUGGAUGGAUGCAAGGUAAAUUACAAUAUUUUGUAUGGAAUGCAAGUAAAUGUAUUAAAAAAAACAAAAA